CCACACCAGGCUAUAUUCAUUCUCAUGGUCUCACAUUCAAAGCGAAUAUUGCUACUUUUAAAGUAUAUAUUUUUUUUAAUCAGAGGUAGAUGUGUUUGUACUUUACAGUGUUAGUCCUGUAGAGAGUGGUAGUCCUGUAGAGAGCGGUAGAUAGCUAGUUUUAUUAAAUUGUUUUAUGCGGGCCCAGAGCAUAGCAUUGGCCCAGAGCAGUGUGCGCCCCAUACUGUACAUAUGCGGAGGGAGGAGCAAUAGUAUAUCUCUUGAUUCCAUUUCCCUGUCGUGGCAGCCUACCGAAACGUUACUGGAGCACAUUUUUACACACACCUCAUGGGAAAUCCCAAAUAACGAGCACCUUGUGACUUUGUUUAAGUGCAAAUUAGGAACCGCACGAGACGUUUUGACGGCAAGCGGCGCUUUGCAGAGGAUUUUUUUUUUAUAUAUAGAAAAGCCCGGUACUGUGCAGUUGCAUACCCUACCACUCCACUUGCGCUUUAUACGGGGAGGCUUUGACUUUUUCAUCCUCGUUUCAGUCUCAAAACAACCGUAUUCCCGUCCAAAACAGUAGAAGAACCUGACGGUUGUGACAUUUUAACAAGAAAUUUCUCCUGGAAAUCAAGUGGAUCCAAUUGUUUCUGGGCGGAGGCAAACGGUCACACAGAACAAACUACAGGCCUGGGGAUAUCAUUAACCUCCACACAUAACAGGAUACUGAUCUUGUCCAGUCCAUUCGUCAGUCCCAGGGCCAGCACAGGGGGGUCGCUCCAGAGGCCAGAGCCCGCCCAGACCGGGACCCUGUGAUGUCGCACUGACUGACCCCCCUACCUGCGAAUGACCAGCGAGCGUCCGAGGGUGGGGCCCGCCUCAGUCUCGCAUGAUUGGCUGUUGGAUGGAAUUAAGGUGAAUGGAACACAUGCCCAAGGAGCAGGACCCUAACCUAUCAGAGGGAGAAGAGAAACGGUGGAUCGAUGGCCCGAAAAGGAAAAGAAAGAGCAGCUCAUGUUCGGUGAAGAGCAUGUCUGAAAUGAAGGGAUACGGACAGACUGGGUCAGAGAAUACAGGGUACAUCCCCAGCUACCUGGAGAAGGAUGAACCGUGUGUGGUGUGUGGAGACAAGGCCACUGGCUACCAUUACCGCUGUAUCACCUGUGAGGGCUGCAAGGGUUUCUUUCGGCGGACAAUUCAGAAGAAUCUCCACCCCGCCUACUCCUGUAAGUACGAUGGCUGCUGCAUCAUCGACAAGAUCACCCGCAACCAGUGCCAGCUGUGCCGCUUCAAGAAGUGCAUUGCAGUGGGCAUGGCCAUGGACCUUGUCCUGGACGACUCCAAGCGGGUGGCCAAGCGGCGUCUGAUCGAGGAGAACCGGGAGAAGAGGAAGAAGGAGGAGAUGGUGAAGACCCUGCAGAACCGGCCGGAGCCCACCGGCUCGGAGUGGGAGCUGAUCCGCAUGCUGACCGAGGCCCACCGCCACACUAACGCACAGGGCUCCCACUGGAAACAGAAACGCAAGUUCCUGCCGGAGGACAUAGGUCAGUCUCCCGUGGUCCCUACGUCGGACGGAGACAAGGUGGAUCUGGAGGCCUUCAGUGAGUUCACCAAGAUCAUCACCCCUGCCAUCACCCGCGUUGUCGACUUUGCCAAAAAACUGCCCAUGUUCUCGGAGCUGCCUUGUGAGGACCAGAUCAUCCUAUUGAAAGGCUGCUGUAUGGAGAUCAUGUCACUGCGUGCCGCCGUGCGCUACGACCCAGAGAGCGAGACGCUGACCCUUAGUGGCGAGAUGGCGGUCAAGCGGGAGCAGUUGAAGAACGGCGGCCUGGGCGUGGUGUCGGACGCCAUCUUCGACCUGGGCAAGAGCCUGGCGCAGUUCAACCUGGACGACACGGAGGUGGCGCUGCUGCAGGCCGUGCUGCUCAUGAGCUCAGACCGCUCGGGCCUGACGAACAUUGACAAGAUCGAGAAAUGCCAGGAGACCUACCUGCUGGCGUUUGAACACUACAUCAACUACCGCAAGCACAACAUUCCCCACUUCUGGCCCAAGCUGCUGAUGAAGGUGACGGACCUGCGUAUGAUCGGGGCGUGCCACGCCAGCCGCUUCCUCCACAUGAAGGUGGAGUGUCCAACGGAACUUUUCCCCCCGCUCUUCCUAGAGGUCUUCGAGGACCAGGAAGUGUGAGUGGCGCCCCCCGCUGCCGAGGAGGAAGUAGUGGGGCGACUUGAGGCAUCUUGGGAAAGGACGGGAUGUUUUUCUGAAGCUGGGAAGGAUUUUGGCAGGACUUGUGUUUUUCCGACAUUUAAAUGGUAAACAACAAACAACGCAACCAGCAGCAGGAGUCAAACAAACAGGAUUUUCAUUUUUUAACCAACCACCUCUUCAUACCUGUUUUUGGGAAUCAGUUUGGCGGCCCUCCCUGUCUGAGCACGAUGUUUUAUCCAGUGGGAGUUGCAGCCCUUUGCCAAGGCGAACACACACAGACGCACACACUCUGGCUCCCCUCUCAGAGCCCUAUUGGAGGCACCUCAGUUGUCACACAUUGCCACUAGAUUGUGGUCUUUGCAGGCUUGCACCUGUUUGAAUUUAUGGCAACCAUCUUUUAAAACUGGUCAGUUAAUUAUACUCUCCGAAUUAGUGUAAGACAAUAAUUCAGGAGACACGUCACUGACAACACACCGGGACACACACAUAGGUACUGAGUGUGCCAUAUAGCUCCUACCGUAGAGCAGAGCUACAAGUACCUACAAUCACGCCUGAACACAACUGAGCCAUUUUCAGACUGGACCGUGAGCAUGUUUUUAACCAAGUCAGGUGCUGUAUUAUAAGGGUACUCCAGUUGUCUGAAUGUGUAAAAGUACAGACCAUGGCUCCGUAUCUACCUUUGGUUCUGUCAUUAGGCCAGUGCCUGUGACUGGCACUCUCUCAAACCCACACACACACUGGGCAGACCUGCCUUGUCAUUGCCUGUGCUUCUGGUGCCAACAGUAGACCCUCUCAUGAAUGACAAUUGAGCCCUUUUCUCUCCAAGGAAGGUCAUAACAGUGAACAAAAGAGAGAAAGAAGGAGAGGCGCUACUGGCAGGAGUUCUCAGAGGAGGGGGGGAGAGAGGGGAGGAGUAGGGGAGAGAGAGAUAAAAAAUAUAGAUUUAAUAGCUGGCAACCAGAUUCAGUGCCUGGAGACUGAACAGCAUCCUGAAUAAACACACACACACACACACACACACACACACACACACACACACACACACACACACACACACACACACACACACCUACCCUCAGAAACUCAAAAGCCUUAUUUACUGUAUACACUGCUGUGCUGUAGCCCUGACCUGCAGGGUAAGUAAGUCUGAAUCCGCGCCUGUGUGACUCAGCUCAGUAUGGCCCCUCCAGGCUUCCAUACUCAGUCGUCGUUACUGUAGGGGUCACUGAGAAAGGGCAAGGCCAAUGACGGCUGCCAUUUACCUCAAAGUGGGCACACCCUCAAGGCUGGGGCGACGCCAGGCUCUACCUCACCUCUGGAUACAGGGCAGCUGCCCCCAGCCUCCUCCACACACACACACACACACUUUUAAGGAUACUCAACAAACACACAUAGGCACGUGUGCAUGGGUGUGAACUCGUGGGUGUGAACUCGUAGGCACAAGUACAUUAAGACAAAUCACACAAACACAGGAUACACAUUCUCAGUGUUAUCACUCAGACAAAAGGAAAUGCCACUGAAGACAGGAGGGCCUGCCUUUCCCUACGGUCACUUAUCUCUUUUUCGGGGGAGGGGAGGAUGGUAACCAUUAUGUCCAGCUUUUCUCUUUUUGUUAUGUGGGACCAAGUUUCUCUUUUUGGAAUUUGGAAUCACUCUUUUUUUUCUGUUGAAACGGAAGCAAAUAAAUCACGUGACGGAGUACAAUGGACAGUCCAGCUGUCGCCCUGGAAGAGGAGCGAUACACCGUGAGGAAGCGGAGAACCCCAAGGUGGCCAGGCCGUAACUGGCUGUGUUUACCACUGUUUUUGAGGAAAAAAAGUUCAAAUACAACCUAUUUUUAUUGAAUGCCAAGCAGUAGUUUUUGAACGAGUGAACGAGGUGGAGGGAGGGAGGGGCGGAGGGAUGAAUGGAUGGAUGGAUGGAUGGGUUUCAGCACCCCAGGAGCAUGUGGAUGAACGCCUGAAGACGCGGAGCGACGGGCGGGACCAGGAUGGUGGGUACUCAUAGCAGAUGGCCAAGCGUCGCUGCCUCGACCUCAACCACCGUAGGAGGAGUCAACCAAGAAAUCCACUGUAAGCAGACCUCAGACCGCUCUGGUGGAGCAGCCAGAGUCCCCUCCCACCGUGCCCCACCCUCCCACUCCACUAGUUUACCCACCCCCGGCCCUGGCCCAAGCCAUGCUGGUCGGGGUUUUGCACUACUGCAGUGGUCCAAACCCCUCUCCCCACCCUCAUCAGCAACUACACAACCUAGCCCCAACUCAUCUGUCAGUCAUGCACCUUCCUCUGGGAGUCCUGGCCUACUCUAAGGGAGGCCCACUGGGACGGGGCUCACAACCAACCCCGUCACAUUGUCAGUAUUAAAUCAACAGCCUUCCUCCAACCCUCACCCACUGGGCAGGAGGCCACCGGUUUGUCUCUCACACACUCUCCUCUCAGCAUAGGCCCUGUGCCACAUUACACACCCCUGGCUCCAAGUCUACCCGGAUCCACCCCAGUACAUACUCCUUCCCCUGGCCUACCACCCAUCCUCCCCACCCAGUGUAGGAGGCCUUCGGUAGGCCUGAAAAAUGGACACCAAACGGAAUCUAGGCCUCUCCCUUGUGAGACAAGGAUGGCCAUAGCAGCUCACUUAGGGUGGCGUCGCCGAAUGAAUGUGAACAGCGAAGCAGCAGUGGGAGCGAGUGAACGAGAGAGUAGGAGAGAGCGAAGGGAAGGGAGCGGGACAGAGAGACUUCCUUCCAUCCUUCAUCUGGCAUGGGUUAGAGGGGGAUCGUCGCCCGUUGUCGAAGCACCGUUUGUGAACUUGGAGAAGGGGGAGAUGGCAGUAUAUCAGAUGGUCUCCCCCUUUACUCCCGCAUUGUAACAUUUAAUCCCCCCCCCCUCAUUUCCACAAAUACCCCCUUCAGCUUUCCAUAAGGAGAGCCACCAACUUUCAAAUGGAGACGAUCGGCAAGAGAAACAGAAUCGGCACUCAAUGGAUUAAAUUCCAAGCUUCUUUGAAAAAGAACCAAUAACAGAAAAAAGUUAUCGCAAUAGUGAUGUCCUUCAUUCUCGUGAGCCGAUUGGGUAUGUGUGUGUGACAAUAGGGGUUGAAAUGCUGCUUUACCUUCUGAGGAAAUUUUUUUGGGGGGGAAAAGUAUAUGAUUAUGAACCCAGAAAAGCGAAAUGAGGAAAAAGAUGACUUUAAAAAGACUCCUGAACAAAAGUUAAACGCUUGGAGAUUAAGCAGUUUCUUUCUCUCUACAUUUUAUCUCAAUGUUCUUUUUUGUUGAUGUUUGUUUGUUUAUGACGCUUAGACUGCUCUGUGUAAAACGGAAAAAAGAACAGCUGUAGUCACUUUUUGACGCAGUGUAACGUAGACAGAAAUGUCACUUAUUUUUCACAUCACCUAUAGUUUGUGUUGACUUCUCUGUUGUCUGUGUAUUUGUCCGAUUGUCCGUCCCUUUUAUCAAGAGGAAUUUACAACAAAACAAAAACAGGAAUAUUUUCUUUUUAUAUAUAUUUUGUUUCCUUUUUUUAUGAAAGAAGACUUUGGAGAAAAAAAAUCACAAACAGGAAAAAUAAUGCAACCCAAAAAAAUAUAUAUAUUAUGAAACACAAUCUUCUCAUACCUCACACAACACAAAACUCAAAUGAACUUGGGAGGAGUGAUGAUUCACGGGCGCAUGUGGAAGUGCGCAAAAAGAUAUGUGCUUGUGGCCCGUGCGCAUAUGCAGUGAUUACAGAAGACUUACCCUCAAGCCUUUGCGCUUGCUACCUAUUAAAUUGGUUCUAGGAGGAUUGUGGAUAGGAUACCUAACAUUAGUAAAGUCUUGCAUCAUCAUCAGAUGCUGAAAUGGAUUGCUGGCUGGCAGUUGGCCACACCCAGAUAUAUCCAGGACCAUAGAUAGUGAAGCCAAAUGUGAAUGGCCCAGAGCUUGGGGGAAGUAUUUUGUAAUGGCUGAGUGCUCUAUGGUAUUGAAUGUAGCUGACAGGACGGGGCUGGAUUUGAGCCCGGCACCCACAACCUCACUUCCGCUCACCAGCAGAAUGGAUGGUGGUGUCACAUCGACGUUACACACAAACAAACUGAGAAUAUUGCCCAUCUGCAAGGUGCAAUACUUUUUCACCCCUCUCCCAAAAAACUGUUUCUGUUUGAUUUUUAUUUUGUUUGAUUUUGGCCAUAACCAA